AUGCACUUGCUCUCUUUGCUCCUCGCGGUUCUCGCUCUGGCUCUGGGAAGUCUCGCGGCUUUCCCGGAUCCGCUCGCUCUUUCCGGCUCGACGUACGUUCACGACCCGAGCCUUAUCCAGCGCGUGAGCGAUGGGAAAUAUUACCUGUUCUCCACGCACAACCGGAUCGCCAUCCUGACCGCAACUAAGCUUGCUGGACCGUGGACAUCCGUCGGGUCCGUGCUCUCUUCAAAAUCCAUCAUAAACCUGUCGGGGAACGACGACCUCUGGGCGCCGGACGUCUCGUACCACAACGGCGUGUACUACGCGUACUACGCCGUGUCCACCUUCGGCUCGCAGAAGUCCGCCAUCGGGCUCGCGACGUCUACCAGCAUGGACCCAGGCACCUGGACGGACCACGGCCAGGUCUUCGCGUCGUCGACCGGCGCGGCGUACAACGCGAUCGACCCGAACCUCGUGAUCGACGAGAGCGGAGCACCAGUGUUGACUUUUGGUUCUUUCUGGAGCGACCUUUACCAGGUCAAGCUGCAGAGCGGCCUGUCCAGCAGCACCGGCUCGGCCGUGCAGGUCGCCUUCAACUCGACGUCGCCCCAGCCAGAGGAAGGGGCCUUCGUGUGGAAGCACGGCAGCUACUACUACCUUUUCUUCAGCAGUGGUCUCUGCUGCGGCUUCACCGCGUCCGCCCUCCCUCCCGCCGGGAACGAGUACAAGGUCUUCGUCGGGCGCUCGACCUCGGCGCACGGCCCCUUCGUCGACAAGAACGGGCGGGACCUGCGGAGCACGGGCGGCACGCUCGUGCUCGCCUCGCACGGGAACGUGUACGCGCCUGGGGGGCAGGCGAUCUUCUCGGACACGAAGAGCGGGAAGGACGUGUUCGUGUACCACUACGUGCCGGUGAAGAGCGCGGUGCCGUACAGCGACGCGUACGCGUCGCUCGGGCUAAACGCGAUCGACUGGAGCUCGGGGUGGCCGGUGUUGACGAGCCUCUAG